ACCUGCACUCCAUUGGACUGCCCCACUCGACACUCCCGUGCUCCUCCCUCAUUCAUCACCCUCCUCGCCGCUUUCCAGAGCCACCUUCCUCACUCACUCACUCACUCACCCCCGCUCAUGCCUUUAUAACUCGCCUGUACUCCACCACCCCAUAGCUCACAACGCACCCACCGGAGCAGCCAGCCAGAGAGAGAGAGGAUAAUGGAGGGGAAGGAGGAGGACGUGCGGCUGGGCGCCAACAGGUACUCGGAGCGGCAGCCCAUCGGGACGGCGGCGCAGGGCGGCGGGGACGACAAGGACUACAAGGAGCCGCCGCCGGCGCCGCUCUUCGAGCCCGGGGAGCUCAAGUCCUGGUCCUUCUACCGCGCCGGCAUCGCCGAGUUCAUCGCCACCUUCCUCUUCCUCUACGUCACCGUGCUCACCGUCAUGGGCGUCUCCAAGGCCCCCUCCAAGUGCGCCACCGUCGGCGUCCAGGGCAUCGCCUGGUCCUUCGGCGGCAUGAUCUUCGCGCUCGUCUACUGCACCGCCGGAAUCUCAGGAGGACACAUCAACCCAGCAGUGACUUUUGGGCUGUUCUUGGCCAGGAAGCUGUCCCUGACCAGGGCCAUCUUCUACAUAAUCAUGCAAUGCCUAGGGGCCAUCUGUGGGGCUGGAGUGGUGAAGGGCUUCCAGCAGGGUCUGUACAUGGGCAACGGUGGCGGCGCCAAUGUAGUUGCCAGUGGCUACACCAAGGGCGAUGGCCUUGGUGCCGAGAUCAUUGGCACCUUCGUCCUGGUCUACACCGUCUUCUCCGCCACUGAUGCCAAGAGGAAUGCCAGGGACUCGCAUGUUCCUAUCCUUGCCCCGCUGCCGAUUGGGUUCGCGGUGUUCCUGGUCCACCUGGCCACCAUUCCCAUCACCGGCACCGGCAUCAACCCAGCUAGGAGCCUUGGGGCUGCCAUCAUCUACAACAGGGACCAUGCCUGGAAUGACCAUUGGAUCUUCUGGGUGGGCCCCUUCGUUGGCGCCGCCCUGGCAGCCGUCUACCACCAGGUGAUCAUCAGAGCAAUUCCGUUCAACAAGAGCAGGUCCUAGGCCGACUCCGCUACCAAAGCCGAUCGGAAUAACGAGCCUGUUUCGCAUCUGCCGUCGAUUCUCCAUCCCUGGCUCCUGAACAUGUUCUCUCCUACCUGAAUCCAGACUCGUGUGUGUAAUUCAGUGUGACAGUUGUGUGUGUUCUUGUUGUGGAAGAUUUAAGUUAUAAUUUAUGGUUGCUGUAGUUUCCAUUUAGCAACUCCCCGUUGUUGCAUUUGGAACGUUGACAUGAGUACUGUUGAGAUUGCUCUGGAUAAUGUUAGCCAAGCUUAUAUAAA